AAAAAACUGAAUAUUUUCCAACUAUAUUACUACAACAUAGUGUUAUUUUAUAGUCGCACGCAAACACCCACAAUAUAUAUAUAUCUAUCUAUAAGUUAAAAGCUGUCGCAUCUUCUCUUCAUUGAAAUCCCCAAAUAUCGUACUCUUAGCCCGGCCUCCAAACCGGCCCGGCCCGAUAUUCAUGACGGAAGAAAGCCGGUAAUUCGAGGCCCGAUCGCCUCCAAACCCCACUUGGACGCACAACUCGCCAUCGCCGCCCUGCCUCCGCCGCCCACCGACAGACUUCUAUAACCCAAAGUCGGUAAAUUUUACUGUAAAAGAGACACCUGCUGGUUUCUGCUUUUACACAUAAUUUUGAAGGAUCGCUAGAACUAAUGGAGUCAGCAGAGGUGAUGGGUGCCCAGAAAGAUAAGGUUCGGGUGAAGAGGAGAACCUUGGAAGCAGUAUUGCAACAAUGCCAAUGGGCCCUUCAGCAGCUUGCCUCUGGAUGUGAUGAUGGUGACGACAAUGAUGAUAGUGUUGAUGGUGAACAAGAGGUUCACCAAGACUCUGCGGAAACGUCUGCUCCCACCAAUUAUGAUACCGACACAACUGAGUUCUAUGGCCUCUUGAAAUCCGGAGUUGAAUGUGCUGAUUUCAUCAAGAAACUAGAAAAUGCCAAGGCAUCUCUUCCAGGAAACAUGGCUGAGGAACACAGUUCCUGGGACAUGGUCAAUGAAAAUGACCUUUGGGAUGGUGGAAAUGUUGAGUUGGACUCAGAAGACUAUGUUUUAGUUGGGCAAGAAGAUAUAAUGGAUGGUAUAGCAUCAUUCAUGGCUGCAUAUCUGUUGUCCCUUAAGCAAACUAAGGAUUUGUCACCCAACCAACUCCAAGCAGCUCUGAGCAAGACCUUCUCUUUAAAGAAGAAGAAGGGUAAGCUUCGAAAGGCAUGGGAUGGAAGCAAAGUCGUCUAUAAUGUAGCAUCAUGGGGAGCUACUGCCAUUGGAAUCUAUCAAAAUCCAGCCCUAUUUAGGGUUGCCUCGACUGCGUUCUGGACUUCAUGUGAUGUUAUCUCAAAGCUCUUCUGAGCUGCAUCAGUGACUCACUCUGAUUCGACUAUCAAGGCCAAAUUAUGUGCAGUUUGCUAGUUGUGUGACCUAGUUUGAACCACACGUUGAUCUGUUCAAAGGUUUUUUAUUCAUGUAAAUAUGUCUGUGAUUUGUACAUGUUUCUUCAGUUAGUUGAAAUUAUUUAGUUGUAUCGUUUGCAUUGGUUCUAUUCCCGCAGACAUAACAAAAUGUAGAGUAAUUUGGUGUAACGUCAACAAUGCACAUUUCAAGUAUCUAAAGUAUAUAGCCAAGCAUGAAAUUUUAAUUGUA